AUGCAACCGCCACAAGCAUCGGCUGGGUCGCAGCAGGUCCAGUCGCAGCCAUCUUCACAGCAAUCCUAUUCUAUGAGCCAGCCUUCAUCGCAGACGAACACGCAAUCGGGCUACCGACAGUACACUGAGCCGCCCAAGUUAAACCCGGAGCCCGACAUGGAGAUCUAUUCGGCCGUCUAUUCCGGUGUCAAUGUCUACGAGAUGGAGGUCAACAACGUCGCGGUCAUGCGCCGCCAGGCCGACGGCUGGCUGAACGCCACGCAGAUUCUCAAGGUAGCUGGUGUCGACAAAGGCCGUCGCACUAAGAUCUUGGAGAAAGAAAUCCAAACUGGCGAGCACGAAAAGGUCCAGGGCGGCUACGGCAAGUACCAGGGCACCUGGAUUCCGUACGAGCGCGGCGUCGAAGUGUGUCGCCAGUACGGAGUCGAAGAGACACUCAAGAAGCUGCUUACCCACAAGCGUGGGCAAGAAGGCCAGGGCGCUGAUGUCGACACUCCGACCAAGGAGCAGGCGAUGGCAGCCCAGCGCAAGCGCAUGUAUAAUGCUGCUUCCCAGGAAAAUCGCGCCAACGGCUCGUCGGGCACAUUUUUCAAGAACAUCUCGUCGACUGCCUCGCAUGCCAUCAAUGCGAUCAGCAAAGCCCGGUUCGACUCUCCUGGCCCACGCAAUCGCAAUGGCUUGUCAACGCGCGCGCCUAGCUUCAAUCGUCAACCGUCGAUGCAGGAGGGAGAUAACCCGGCCAACUCGCAGCAGAGCUACGUCUCGGAUUUUGCGCAUGGCGACCAGGCUAGUCAAGGCCAGGCGGCGGAAGGUGGCGAGCAGCCCCCUAGGAAGCGCCAGCGUGUGUUGACGCCUGCUAACAGCUUUGGCGGCACAACUCCCAACUACCCGCAUCCCGACGGUGGCUACGGGGCUAACUUCCCCGGGUCGCCUACGGAGCCGAACGAGUCGUUCAUCUACUCGCAGCAUGGCGUCGUCGAUCCUGAGGCUAACUGGGCGCCUGGCCCGUUGCGUCCCCUUCCAUGGGAUAAUGGCCCCGAGGCCGAGCAUAAGCGUAAUAUUUUGAUGAGUCUAUUCAUGGACCAGAACCCGCCAGAUGAAAGCAAAAAGCGCUUGCUGCGCGGCAUGAUCCCGCAGGAUCUGGAUGCACCCAUCGAUACGCAAAGCCAUACUGCCGUGCAUUGGGCUGCUACAUUGGCUCGGAUACCACUGCUGCGGGCCCUCAUUGAAGCAGGCGCCAGCCCAUUCCGUGUUAAUGCUGCCGGCGAAACGGCUCUGAUGCGGGCAUGCUCUGUUACCAACGCUAUGGACCACAACGCCUUCCCUGAGCUGCUCGACGUUCUCGGCUGCACCCUCGACGUGCGCGACGAUCGCGGCCGCACUGUCCUGCAUCACAUCGCCUUCACCAGCGGUGUCAAGGGACGCAAUGCUUCAUGCCGUUACUACCUGGAGAGCCUGCUCGAGUGGGUUGUGCGCCAGGGUAGCGCGCCGAGCACUCAGAACCAGAAUAGCAAUGGCCCCGUGGUCCCUAAGAUGUCCAUUGGCCGGUUCAUGAGUGAGAUUGUUAAUGCCCAGGAUAAUGCCGGCGACACGGCCCUCAGCAUUGCUGCACGCAUCGGCAACCGCAGCAUUGUGUCACAGUUGCUCGAGGUCGGCGCGGACCCGAACAUCCGAAAUCGGGCUGGCUUGUGCCCGGUCGACUUCGGUAUCGGCACUGAGGACCACGUCAAUGGUGGUUCAACAGACCGGAAUGCCUCUCAGGGGUCGAGCCAGAAGACUAGCCAAAACAGUGAGGCUGUUGUUAACUCCAUUUCCAACCUCAUCGAGGAAUCCUCAUCCAUCUUUCAAGACGAACUCAAAAAGAAGCAGGAGUCCAUCGACGCCCUGCACAGCUCCCUACGCACAACCUCGGCACAGGUUGGCGAGGCUCGUCGCGCGCUUGAAGCCCUCCAAGAAAAGCUCAAAGCCCAGCAGCUAGCACGCCAGAAAGUCAUCAACCUUAAGCGGGCAUGCGACGAAGAGGAGUACCAUCUCCUACAGCUGGAGCAGCGCCACGGUAGGCUGGAUGUCGCGAGCGAAAAUGCUUGGGAGAUGGAGCUUGAGGCGGUCAUGAAUGCGCUUGGGUUGGUUAAGGAUGGAGAGGCUACGUCCUCGCCGGCAAAUGUCACUUUGACAGAUGCGGCCAAGGAGCAGAUUGCUAAGUUGCCGAGUAGUGCUGUGCUGAGGGCCAGGAUCAAGGCGUUGCGUGAGAGAUCUGCGCAGACAGAGCAGGCUGUAGAGGAUUUGCGGGCGAGAAGCAAAGAGCGCGAGAUGAAGUAUCGUCGGUUGGUCGCACUGUGCACGCGCCGGCCGGACAGCGAAGUUGACGCCCUGAUUGACACGCUCACAAAGGCAGUCGAGUCGGAGAAGGGCGAGCUCGAGAUUGGCCGCGUCCGGCGGUUCUUGGGGGGCGUCGAGGGUGCUUCGUUGAGUUGA